GAGAUCGAAUCAUCGAUACACAAUCGCAGUCGCAGCCUCAUCAUCUGCCACAAGUGACCCACACGCAUCUCGUUUGCCAGCCUCUUUGAUUGAUCCACCGAUCCCUCGCCGCCGAUGACCAUGGAGGAGGCGCUCAUCUCGCCGGAGCUGCGCGACGUGCUGGCCAAGGUGGCCGUGUUCCUGCUCGUGCAGGGGCUGGUGUACCUCAUCCUCACCAACUCCUCCGACGUCUUCUCCAAGAGCAAGAGGCUCCGGUCCCUCAGCUUCCGGCCCAUGCGGUCCAUGAGCGUGCGCCGCGUGCUGGCGCCGCUCUCCGACAUCCCCGUCGGCACCGACGAGAACUCGCCCUCCCCUUUGCUGUCUUCAUCUUCGUCGUGGUCGUCGCGCCGCUGGGGUAGCCGCAAAGAGGAUUGAGCAGCUUGGAGGUUGGAGCGGUUACUGAGUUCUGACGCCAGAUGGGCAGCUAUAGCUUGGUGAUUCUGAACUGCCGUGGGUUUGAGAUUUGAGAAUGGUAGUAUUUGUUAAACUUUCAUGUGAGCUAGAUUUAGAUGGGGUCUUGUACAUAUGUUCAUUAAUUUGAAUUGGGAGGAUGAACAAGUAUUUGAAAAAUGUUGAAGAAGCAUUUUGAAAAAUGUUGAACAUGUAUAUAAAAAUGUU